AUGCCAGCCAUCUGUCAUCAGCUAUGGGUCAUCAGCUCCUUGUCCAGCUCAUUGUCCAGCUCUGUCUCUAGCUCUGUCUCUAGCUCUGUCUCCAGCUCCAGCUCCGUCUCCAGCUCCUUGUCCAGCUCCGUGUCCAGCUCCUUGUCUAGCUCCGUCUCCAUCUCUGUCUCCAGCUCCGUGUCUAGCUCCUUGUCCAGCUCUGUCUCUAGCUACGACUCCAGUUCCUUUUCCAGCUCGGUCUCCAGCUCCGUGUCCAGCUCCGUUUCCAUCUCCGUCUCCAGCUCCGUGUCUAGCUCCUUGUCCAGCUCUGUCUCUAGCUACGACUCCAGUUCCUUUUCCAGCUCGGUCUCCAGCUCCGUGUCCAGCUCCGUAUCCAGCUCCGUCUCCAUCUCCGUCUCCAGCUCCGUGUCUAGCUCCUUGUCCAGCUCUGUCUCUAGCUACGACUCCAGUUCCUUUUCCAGCUCAAUCUCCAGCUCUGUCUCCUUGUCCAGCUCCGUCUCCAGCUCCGGGUCCAGCUCUGUCUCAAGCUCCGUCUCCAGCUCCGUGUCCAGCUCCGUGUCCAGCUCCGUGUCCAGCUCUGUCUCAAGCUCCGUCUCCAGCUCCGUGUCCAGCUCCGUCUCCAGCUCCGUGUCCAGCUCCGUCUCCAGCUCCGUGUCCAGCUCCGUGUCCAGCUCCUUGUCCAACUCUUUCUCCGAUCUGUCUCCCCACUGGAGGCAUACGUCCGCACAGUUUUCCCUACAAACUAUGCCCCUAUGGAAAGAUGUGACACUCAUGGGCAUGGUGGUGUUCCUCGUUUGGCUCUACAUCCCCCACCAGCGUCUCGGGACUCGUCUGAAGUUGGGUGCUCACAUGCCUCACAAGACUCAUCAAAUAGUCCCCGGCACCAGUUGA